GGCUGUUUUUGUGGAGCAAUCGACAGCUGCGCAGAUGAUCAGAUAUGUAAAGACGAUAAAUGUGUUAAGAUGGUUUGUGCCGAUACUGCAAAAGACUGUUACAAAAGGAGAAAUUACUGUGACGCACCGGCGUAUAGAGGAGAAAUGCUAACGGAGUGCCGAGAUACAUGCGGUUAUUGUUCUAAUCCAAAUGGUUGCAAGGAUAUUGCUGAUAACUGUGAGGCAAUGAAACAUCUCUGUGUUGAACCGGGAUACGAAGUUAUAAUGCAAAAAGCCUGCAGGUUAACAUGUAGUCGCUGCUCAAAUGGUAACUGUGGUCGUUAA